AUGGCAGAAGAAGCUCCAGCACCCGCGGUCGCAGCGCCAGCUAAAGCUCCUAAAAAGAAGGCGCCAGCCAAGCCCAGAAAAGCGGGACCCAGCGUUGGCGAUCUCAUCGUUAAAGCUGUGUCCGCUUCCAAGGAACGAAGUGGGGUUUCCCUCGCCGCUCUUAAGAAGGCUUUGGCUGCCGGCGGCUACGACGUGGAGAAGAACAACUCCCGCGUCAAGAUCGCUGUCAAGAGCUUGGUAACCAAAGGCACUCUGGUCCAGACCAAAGGAACUGGCGCAUCUGGUUCUUUCAAGCUGAACAAGAAAGCCGAGGCGACCAAGAAGAAACCAGCCAAGAAAGCCGCGCCGAAAGCCAAGAAACCUGCAGCUAAGAAGCCCGCCGCCGCUAAGAAGCCUAAGAAAGCAGCGGUAAAGAAGCCAGCUGCGGCCAAGAAGUCCCCCAAGAAGGCAAAGAAACCAGCCGCCGCUCCCAAGAAAGCCGCCAAGAGCCCCAAAAAGGCCAAGAAGCCCGCAGCGCCCAAGAAGGCCACCAAGAGCCCCAAGAAAGCCAAGGCAGCCAAGCCUAAAGCGGCUAAGCCUAAGGCAACCAAGGCGAAGAAGGCAGCCCCUAAAAGGAAGUAA